UCCAAGAUGGCGGUCGCACGCAAAUUUAUCGACAAGAAAGUUCUUCACAAUUACAUCCGCAGUACCGAUGCUCAUAAUAAGAUCAGAGAAGAACAAGAUAUGUGGCGUCUCCGACAAGCACAGAACACACAAAAGAGUGAUUGUCUUGCAUCAUUAGCAGCAACUAGCAAAAGAAGAGGAAGGUUGCACAGUGAUGAACCUUCAGAUUCUGGUGAGAGGAACACAUACUGGGUGAAGCAGUUAACUGAAUUUGAAAGCUCCUGUACUGAUAGAUGGGGUCACAGUGGCUACAAAGAGCUUUACCCUGAGGAGUUUGCCUCAGGUUUUACUGACUCUGAUGAUGACUCUGAAGAUGAGAAGAAAAAGAAAAAGAAGACUUCAAAGAAACGAAAAAAAAUCUUCCAGUAAGGAUGAAAGGAAAAGGAAAAGUAAAAAGAUCAGAACUGUGCAAAGCUCAGACUCAGAGACAAAAUUAAAUCAAGAAAAGAGAAAAAGAAAAAAGAGAAAAAAGGAUAAAACUUCAAGGAAAAGCAAGACUGAAAAAAGAAAAAAGGAAAGAACUGUUAAAGAUUCCGACACAGGUAGUUGUUCAAGUAGAGAAAGAAGAAAAAGGAUGACCAUAUCACAUAAGAAGUCUACAAAAACAAAGGACAAACCAACUUCUAGUAACAAAAAGAGAACAUCUUCAAAAAGGGACAAAAGAGAUAUUGAGCACAGAUGAUUUCAUUUUUUAAAUGUGAAACAUGGAUUAUUUUUCGUACAGAAACAAAGGACAAACUAUCUUCUAGUAAGGAAAAAAAGGAAUUUCAAAAAGAGACAAAGAAGAGAUUGACCACAGCUGAGGGCAAAUUUUUAUGUGAAGUAUGCAUUCUUUUUUUUUUUAUCACAUGUUCCUAACCUUAGCAUAACAACGAUUUUAUUUUAUAUUUUGGCUUAUCUUACCCUUAUUACCAUUAUUACCCUUUCUCUUGUCUCGAAACCCUAUCGAUCGAUUGUUUCAAUUCUCGAGAUUCUCGAGAGCAGGUUUUAGUCAAGUACAGAAGGUGUCAAGUCUUAGCAUAGGGAAACACUUAAUACAAUAACUGUCUGUCAAGUAACUGCUACCCCAAAAGUUUUAUUAUGUUAAUAUUAUGUUAUACGUAGCAAGGAAAAAGAAGACAUGACCCCCAAAAGUUCGCUGGGUAUCAAACCAAUCCACCGCCCUGUACCCAUCCUUGCUAAUAAUAAAACCUUCACGAUAUUUAUAGAUGAGUAUCAUAGAAUAAAGAAGAACAAAAAUGGC